UAAUACUGGUACUAAAUAAUUAAAUAUUUUCAACCAUAAAUGAUAAAUGCAAGAACCAAUAAUACGUUCAUUUUUGGAAGAUGUUAAAUAACAGUAGAUUGUGUUCAGAUUUGUUCUAUAAACAAAAGCGAUGAUACAAUGACCAAUCAAUCUGUUAGUGAAAAAUUUCACCAGACAGAAAUAAUAAUUUCCUCUCUUUCUUAGUAAAGAGUCUCAUCGUCGAAAACUUUUGGCUUUUAAAUCUUUUGUUGUCAGUGUUUGUAAGAGAUCUGAGAUUCUAAAGUAUAUCAGAACUCGUUGGUCAGUUAGUAUAUAUCUGAAAUGCCAGUCGAAAAACAUGUGGAAGAAAAGCUUCGCUCAAAUAGAAAAGAGAGAGGCUGGAUAUCUGGUAUUUUCAGAAGGAAGAAGAGAUCACCACAAGAAGAAGAAGUUGAUAAUGAAAAUAACUCAUCUGAAGAUUCUCGUUUGAUGGGAGCCAAGAAUUUGCAUUUGUUUCUCUCUGAGAUCAUGAGAAAACUGAAACAUGCAAUCAGAAAGGAGAAACCGGACAAGAGAUUGUUAGGGAAGAAGAAAAGCUUUGAGAAGAGUUUGUCAACUAAAGAUCAUUUCUUUCUCGAGCGCAUGACUUCAAUAUCUCAAAAGAGAUUUCAUCAAGAACAUAAUGAUCCAAACUUGGCAACAAGCAAACAGGUUCAAAGAAAUCACGAAAGGAUUGUAUGGCUUCCCGAGUAUUCGUCUCCUUUUAGCAGCCCGGGAAGAAUAUGGAAACAGAAUUCAACCGUGCUUUUGAGGUCUUCUUCAUAUGAUUUCAUCAAGUCCGAAACAAUUGCAGAUGAUUCAAUAACUUUGAAAGAGAUAGGAACUGCUUCAUCAAGUGAAGGUAGUAGUAGCCCUCUUCUAUCUAAAAGCAAUCAGAUUGUUGAUGAGAUGUCAAAAGUUGCAGCUUAUGGUGCAGAGAAUGAAGGUGAAUUCUUGGAAGAGACACUGUCUCUCCCCUCUGUGGGCUCACCAUCUCACUAUAUAUCUAAAACUGAGGAAUAUGACUUUGUUCUUGAACCACUAUUCAUAAGUCCAGCAAGAGGUGAAGCAAAGAUACAACCUUUGUGUAACCAAUUGCAAGAAAAGAAUCGUCACAAAGAAUCAGUGUUUAAGUAUGUAAAAGCGGUGUUAGAGGCAAUAGACUCAAACUGGGAAGAGCUGUAUCUGAAAACAGAAAUCUCUGACCAGCUUCUAUAUCCGGCAUUGAUCAGCAACAUACCAUUCUAUCCAAAUCAGCUUUGUGUUGAACAUGAGCUCCUCUUCGACUGCAUCAAUGAAGUUCUCUUCGAAUUCUGCAGGUUUCCUCAAUGGGUUUCCUUUGCUGAAACCAGGACCCAAGUCUUGCCAUAUAGUGUUGAAAGCAUUGUUCCCGAGGUUCAAGAAAAGGUUUAUUGUCAUCUCUUGCCAAUGCAACUCCGUCGAUCGUUGGAAGAAAGAGUUAGAGAAGAUAUGGCUAAACACAGGAGCUGGUUAGACAUUAGAUGUGACCUUGAGUGUAUUGGCUUUGAGACUAGCGAAUUGAUAUUGAAUGAAUUAUUGGAACAGCUGAUGCUUGAGCUUGAAGAUAAUCACAAAAAUGGUUAAAUUGCAUUAAGAUAUGUAAAGUAACGGAGAUAUUA